ACCCUCGUGAGCAUAGACCUUUACACAAGCCUGUCUGUGUGUGUGGAGGCCUGCCUGGAGCCUCUCAGCACCACCUGCCAGACAACACCCUCCCCACCUCACCCGGUUUCCUACAUUCUCCUGAAGUCCUGAUCUCCAUCUUGGCUAGCUUGGACAAUGCCUCCCAACCUCACCGGCUACUACCGCUUUGUCUCACAGAAGAACAUGGAGGACUACCUGCAAGCCCUAAGUAAUGACCUUACCCCUCCCAGAUCCCUUUUUUCCCCCCUUUUUCCCUCUCCCUUCCUACAAACUACCCUAGUAACCUGGGAGGAGGAGCAGCUGGUCUGUGUGCAGAAAGGGGAGGUGCCCAACCGAGGCUGGAGGCACUGGCUGGAGGGAGAGACGUUAUACCUGGAGCUGACUGCGAGGGAUGCAGUGUGUGAGCAGGUCUUCAGGAAGGUCAAGUAGCCGGAGAGGAGCUGCGAGUCCCUCCAGACAGCACCAGUCCCCAGGCUCCUCCUGCUUGUAUCCCUCAAACCCAGGUUGUCCCAGGUCAGCAGUUCCUUCCUCAGGCCACUUUAUCCUCCCUCUGGGUCCCUCCUCAGCCCUCCCCAUGUUAAUCUAUAACUUGUAGCCCCCAAGACCAAAGUCCUUUCUUUCUUACACUCCACUGCCCAAUAGUGACCUCAUAUCAAGUUCAAGGUCUGGCCUUCAGGAUGAAAGAAACAGGCAAACGGGUACGGGCCCUUGAGAAUAACUGAUGUUAACUCUCUUUAGUUCAUUUGGCCUCUUAUAUUCCAUCUAAGAAAGAACUAAGCUUUGAGUAUUCGGGGGUUAAUGAUAACUCUGUCCUCGUGGACCUUUUGGAAAACUGUGACUGGGGUUCAAGAAUUUAAACAGGAGCUACUCGUACAGUA